AUGCAUCGUUCAACAGCUACUAGCUUCCAACGCUACCUCUUCAGCCAUCAAAACCAAAUCCAGUUGGCCAAACACGUUACCAAACCCUGCGAUGUCUUCCUAAAUCACAGAGGCAUAGACACAAAGCGAACAAUAGUCUCUUUGCUUUAUGACCAUCUUUCUCGACUCAACCUGCGUCCUUUCUUGGACAACAAGAAUAUGAAACCUGGAGACAAACUGUUUGAUAAGAUUGACAGUGCAAUAAGGAGUUGCAAGGUUGGUGUUGCUGUGUUCUCGCCGCGCUAUUGUGACUCUUACUUUUGCCUUCAUGAACUGGCCAUGUUCAUGGAGUCCAACAAGAAAGUGAUUCCUAUAUUUUGUGACAUUAAGCCGUCUCAGCUUCGUGUGGUGGACAACGGGCAAUGUGAUGUGGAGAAGCUGAGAAGGUUUAGGUCGGCUCUUGAACAGGCUAGAAGCACCGCAGGGCUGACGUUCAACUCCUCAGAAGGGAAUUUGGCAGAUGUUGUGACCAGUGCUGCAGAUUGUGUAAUCAACAGCCUGAUAGAGAUCGAUGACCAAAUGCAUUCUAUACAGCGUCCAAAGACUCCGAUUCGUUUAUAG